CAUUCAAGGGACUGGAUGCAAACCCACAUCUGUAGUGGGACAAUGGAGAUUUCGCUGGGCCAGGGGCUCCUCAUUUUGGUCCUGGUGGUGGUCCCGCUUCUCUACGAAUGGAGUACCACCUUCAAGUACUUUUGCAAGAUGGCGUUCUACAACAGCUACAUCCUCUUUCUGGCCGUCAUCGUCAUCCCUAUUUGCGCAGUCCGUGGGCGCAAUGUGGACAAUAUGAAGAUAAUCCGGUUCAUGAUGCUACAUGUGAAAUACCUGUACGGGAUCAAGAUUGACGUGCGGGGGACAGAGAACUUCAACAUCAAACAGCCUUAUGUGAUCGUGUCCAACCAUCAGAGCUCCCUUGACUUGCUCGGGUUGAUGGAAGUCUUGCCCGACCGGUGUGUGCCAAUCGCCAAGAAGGAGCUGAUGUACAUGGGCACGGUGGGGUUGGCGUGCUGGCUAGGGGGCAUCAUCUUCAUCAACCGCAAGAAAACCGACGACGCCAUUAGCGUCAUGGCGGAGACGGCGCAAACCAUGCUCUGUGAGGAUGUUCGGGUCUGGGUGUUCCCCGAGGGCACCAGGAAUCACAACGGCUCCAUGCUGCCCUUCAAGCGGGGUGCCUUCCAUUUGGCUGUGCAAGCCCAGGUUCCUAUCAUCCCAGUUGUGAUCUCAUCGUAUCGGGAUUUCUACAGUAAGAAGGAAAGGCGUUUCACCACGGGGCGCUGCACGGUCCAGAUCCUGCCCCCCAUGCCUACGUGGGGGCUGGGGGCUGAAGACGUGCCGGCACUGACAGAUCGCGUGCGCCAGGCCAUGCUCAUUGCCUUCGAGGGGCUCUCGGUGGAGCUGGGUGCCCCGCAGUGACCCCGCUUUUACUACUUCCUCCCUCCCAACAUCCGGCCCUAGAGAGAGACAAGAGAGAGAGGAGCUUAUGGGGUGGGGACUGGGAACAGCUUUGCGCCCACUGGGACGGGGGCCAUGGCAGAAGAGGGCGACGUUAAACCCCCAGCGGCCAAGCCGGGACCAGGAGUGGCAGAGGCGUUCGUUGACAGGAGCAGCCCACACUACAACCAAACUCGGGAGAUUUGCAAGCUGGGGGUGGGCUUAGCCUGGCCACGCCCACAAGGAGCCGCAGGGGCGGAGUUGAUCCCAGCCACGCCCGCUUCCACCUUUUGGACCAGAAUCCUCCCCUCCCACAACCAGGUAGAUGGUGCAGCCAGGUCUUCUUCCCCUCCCCAUUUCUGUGGAUGUGAACUGUUCCGCUCGAGCUUCUCGGACUGGACCACUCCAGCCCCCUGUUCUGGGGGCGGGGAGCAUUUUGUGGGCUUGACCCUACAGGUACCGUAUAAACAGAACCACUCCUUGAAUCCUGCAAGAGGGAAGGUCCACCCCGGCGCACCUCUGGGGGACGAGAUGGGCGCAGGGGAAGGUUUCGAGUGUGAACACUGCAAAAUGUGAAGCCGGGUUGCGGGCCGGUUGCAAACACCCCGCUGGCCUUUCACGAAGGGUGUGUGUGUGUGUGUGUGUGUGUUUGCGUGUGAAAUAAGGGAGACGGAAUGGGCACGAUCGAUCGAUCCGCUACAUCUUGCCUGUGGUGGGAGCGAGGCGGCAACGAACCCACUCCAGAGCUUCCCGAGGAGGGGAGCUGUGCGGACUACGACCCACCUGGGCCUCGGACUGAGCAGCAGCUCUAAUAAAACGGUGGACAAGA